UUGUUCUGUGCUGAGCGAGUGUUUCGCUGUCCACAGAAGUGUUCGGGUUUUUACUCUCCUUUAGGUUUAGAUGUCACUGUCUGCCAUGUAAAUAACGGCGUUACGGCUGUUAUGAAUACUAAAAUAUUUUGUGUUUUGCUACUUUUGCAACUUGUACACUUGAGCAACACUUCGGGCGGUUCGUAUGAGAUCACAGUUGAUGCAAAUGAACCAAUCGGAGAAUUCAAACAUUUUUGGGGCAGCACGGGUUUCUGUCCUCCUUUGCCUCAUACACAAGCAGAGCAGUUUGACCUGAGCUUCGACCAACGUCUGAAUCUGGCCUAUGUGGGCUCUGUGCCCCAUCGAGGCAUACAGCAAGUGCGCAUUCACUGGAUGCUAGAGCUUGUUUCUGCGCAAAAACUAGGGGGGAAAGUUCACUAUAACUUCACUAAACUUGAUGAGUUGAUUGAUCUGUUAUGGACCAAUGGACUGCAACCAGGUUUCGAAUUAAUGGGUAGUGCCUCAAACUUCUUCACUAACUUUGAAGACAAAUCUCAAGUGGUUGAAUGGAGAAACCUGAUUUAUGAAAUUGCCAAGAGAUAUAUUGACAUAUAUGGCCUUGGAGUAGUAUCUCAGUGGAACUUUGAAACAUGGAAUGAGCCCAAUAAUCAUGAUUUUGAUAACGUCACAAUGUCUAUUCAAGGGUUCCUGAACUACUAUGAUGCCUGUUCAGAGGGUCUCCAUGCUGCGAGCCCUCUUCUCAAAUUUGGGGGUCCUGGAGACUCCUGUCACAUGCCUCCACACUCGCCAUACUGCUGGGCUAUGCUACAGCACUGUUAUAAUGGCACCAACUUCUUCACUGGCGAGAAAGGGGUCAGACUAGACUAUAUCGCUCUGCACAAAAAGGGUGGAGGAUACUCUUUUCCUAUCCUACAACAAGAAAUCCAGACAGUAGGAGAGAUACACAAGCGCUUCCCUAAAUUUCAAAGUCUCCCGAUCUACAAUGAUGAGGCUGAUCCCCUGGUGGGCUGGUCCAGGCCUCAGGAGUGGAGGGCAGAUGUUACCUAUGCUGCAAUGGUUGUCAAGGUUAUAAAACAGCACCAAGACCUAUUGUCAAAUCCAAACAACACAAUAAACUACACUCUUCUCAGUAAUGACAACGCCUUUCUUAGUUACCACCCGCACCAGUUCACCCAGCGCACCCUCAACGCUCGCUUCCAGAUCAACAACACACAACCCCCCCAUGUGCAAAUAAUCAGGAAACCAGUUCUCACUGUCAUGGGACUUCUGGCCUUGCUCGGAGACACUGAGGUUCUGUCUCAAGCUUCCCCCACUUCUGAAACAUUGGGAGUUAUAGCGAGCACCCAUAAACCUGCUGUGUCCUGGGGCUCUGACAGCUUUCAAACCUCAGUCCUGGUUUAUAACAGUGAUGACAACCGGACCUCAACUAGCAUUGAUGAUGUUACUGUGACAAUUAAAUCACUGCCAAAGCUAAAAGAUCUUGUAUACGCCACAUUUUAUAUGGACAAUAAUUCCACCAACUCAUAUCAACUGUGGCAAAGCAUGGGCAGCCCGGACUUUCCCACACCUGAACACUUUAGAAAGCUCAGGACGUCACAGGAGCCUGUGAUUGGUGGGCCCUUGUCUGUUCCUCCAGGAGAUACACUGGCCCUAAAAGCCAAGUUGUCCUUACCCUCUGUCCUACUCAUUCAUGUCUGUGCCCGCGCCAAAAUGGCUCCAGAUCAGGUAAAUGGAUUGAAUUUCAUUGGUAUCACUAGAGGCCAGGUAUUAAUUGUUUGGUCAGACCACUGCGUGAACUCCAAAUGCAUUAAAACCUUUGAAGUGGAAUUUUCUGGUGAUGGCAAUGAAUUCAAAAGAAUCAAUGUUCAAGACACUAUUUUCACCUCAUAUGUUAAUUCUCCUGUUGACCUGGAGGUGAGUGGCCUGUACAGAGUGAGGGCUGUGGACUAUUGGGGCAGGCCUGGUCCAUACUCCCUGACAGAGAGGUACUCACAGCACAGCUAACAAAUUACUUGAAUUUUGUUAAUUGAAUGUUGUGAAUAAAUAUUUUUAAAUAGUUUUUAUA